AUGAUAAACACCAAUCCUACUUCUCCAAAAUCUUCUUCCUUUCUUGCCAAAUCACCUAAUCCCACUCACCCUCCCUCAGCACCAAGUCCUAAAGAUCCACCUUUAUCCACUAAAGCUUAUCCCAACCUCACUCACUUAUCACUCCCAUCUUCCUCUCCUACCCCCCACUCUGCGCCCAUCCUCCCUUCAAACUUACGACCAACCCCCACCCGAGCCGCGUCAUUACAAACGACUUUCAAAGCUCGUGCUGCAUCUCAACCUGCAGGAGAAAGGUUUCCUUCUCCGGCUUCCAACCCUCUUUCUGGUCGUGGUAGUCCAGGUGUUGGGGCGAAUGAGUAUGGUGUUAUUGGUGGAUCCCGUAAUUCGGGUAGGUUCGGAUUAGCUCUUGGAGUGGGGGGCACUCAGACGAGGGCAAACAGUUUCUCAGUGGCCGAUCCACGCGACUAUGGUGUUGGUUUCGCAAGAGCGUUGUCAUCUCACACUGAAGAGAAUCCCAGUUUCGGUUCAGGUUCCGGAUCGCCCUACCCCACCUUCUCACCCAGCUCAAGUCCUGCGGAAUCCUCUGGGAAUAAUCGACCUCCAAGUCCACCAAGAGCAGAAGCUCAUAUCUCUCGUUCUAGAUCCCAGUCACUCGCUACUGGCGCAAGACCAAUGCUCACUCGACCCCCGGUGGCCAACAGAGAUUGGUUCAACAAGCCUUUCACUUCCGAGUUGAGAAACUCUGGAGCGUUCUCCCCUGCGCAUUUCAAUCCUCCCGAGAGCGGCUCUAACGUGUCACCUUUUGCUCGUCAUAUGUCAACACUGGGUAGAGAAUCCCCUGGCGUUCAACCUCUUUCAUCGAAUCGAUUUGCUCAAAGUGUUACUUACGGUGCCAACUGGGGUCCUCCUACAUCUGCUCUCUCUUCUUCGGUGGCAAAAGCUUUACAACCAGCUUGGCCUACGACUGUGGGGUUCGAUCCCAGCGGCGGGAAAUCCGGUUCAAGCAGUAGACGACACAGCGUUUCCGUCGUGGGUGGUCCAGGAGGAAGAAGAGAUUUCGGUUUCGAGGCUAUGACCAAUAUCAGUGCUCAUCCCAGUCGUGGGCUAGGACCGUCGGGAUUCUCAGAUGAAGAUCUUCUUUUAUCAGAACGUUUGGGUAAUGCUCUGGGCAAUGCUCUUUCAUUAGAAAUAGACGAAAGUAGACGAAGGGGCGUGGAAAUUGAAGCUGGACGACCUCACAAGACUCAUACCGCUUCAAGUCUUCCUCCCGUAUCACUCCUCAAUCACAACGACGAUGAUCAUGAUUUUGGACCUUUCAGUAAUCGUGGGCGGGGCGGGGCUCUACAACCUGCUGUAGACCGAGGGUCAUCUUCGUCUCGAAGUCGGUUCUCUUUCGAGCCACAAGUGGAUUCACCCAUCCAAGCACUUGGUACCAAUUUCGGAAGAGGAGUUCCGCCGUACGGACCUCUGCAUGCUAGUCCUGACCGAAGCAGAGAUCGAAAUAACCAGCCCAUGCCCACCUCUCCUCUCGGUACUCAAGGUCCUACUGGGACCGGUCCAAUCAAUUUCGACCCUCACAUUUUCAAUCCACCUCAGCAAGGCUUCGGUGCUAUUCCAGCUCACACACUUCGUAAUGCCCCUCCAUUUAUCCCUUCUUCCCCUGUAAAUCUUGGUCCUCCCACCUAUGGUCGUCCACCGCCUAUGGGAUUCAAUUACUUUCCUCGACCCAUGCCUUUCCCAGGUCCUCCAGCGGGCUUUUAUCCUGGCGCUCCACCCGGUCCUACUUCUCCCACUCAACCUGCCUCUCCAAAUUUCUCAUCUCUCAACCUGUCCGACCUAGGUAGAGGGAUACCUCUCACGAAUCUACCGCCCACAACUGCUCUCUACAUCGUAACUUUCAAAGCUGGUCGAAGGGAUGUUUUCUAUUGUCCCGACCCCACUCUGUUGAUCAGUAAUGGCGAUUGGGUCAUCGUAGAAGCCGACAGGGGAAGUGAUUUAGGUACGGUGGUGUAUGACCAACUGACACCCGUCGAUGUUCGCGAGUGGCAGGAGAAACAGGCUACCGCAGCGUUGUUAUCAGGCGCGAGAGAACAUCAGCCACCCGGUAUGGCUCAGGCGGCUGGACAAGGGGGUUUGGGGAUCAAAAUGGGAAGUGUAGGAAAUCACAGGUCUAGACCGUCUGGAGAAAUUGGUGGGAAUGAUUUGGAAAAUUUGUUGAUGGGUGUUGGUGCGAACGGACAGCUGGAUUUGAGUAACGGAAAUAAAGGACCUUUAACGAGGGAGAUCAUGCCAAAGAGGAUUUUUACGAAAAGUAGUCAGGGACCGGAAGAACAGGCACGUAUGAUGGACAAGCUCAAGGAUGAAUACGAAGCAAUGAUGAUAUGUCGUGAAAAGGUACAACAAAGGGGUAUGCCAAUGCACAUAGUUGAUGCGGAAUAUCAAUGGGACCGACGCAAACUCACGUUUUACUUCAAAGCGGACAAACGGGUAGAUUUCCGUGAUCUUACAAAAGAGAAUUUCAGGGUGUUCAAAUCUAGAAUCUGGAUGUCACAAGUUCCCAGGGAUGAUCCAAGAAAUUAA